CGACUUAGAUCGUGCUUGCGCGAAUUCUACUUGUUGCUGGGAAAUAGGUCUCGUGGUCAGCAUUUUUUCCCGAAGUUUUCUCCGGAGAUUGUUACAGUUUUAAGAAGUCGUCACGUCGUGCACGGGGAAAAUGGCAAACUAUCACAAACCGGAAUCGAAAACCAUUCAAGAGUUGAAAGACAUUGCAACAAAAUUGAGAAUUCACUCGAUCAGUGCCACACAAGCCAGUAAAUCCGGACAUCCAACAUCAUGUUCUUCGAUGGCGGAAAUUAUGUCUGUCUUAUUUUUUCACACAAUGCGUUACAAAGUGUCGGCACCACGUGAUCCAAGCAAUGAUAGAUUUGUGCUGAGCAAAGGUCAUGCAGCACCUAUUCUUUACGCAGCAUGGGCAGAAGCAGGACUUUUCCCAGCGACUGAAUUGUUAAAUUUAAGGAAAAUUGACAGCGAUUUAGAAGGACAUCCCACUCCAAGGCUUAACUUUGUCGAUGUGGGAACUGGUUCUUUGGGGCAAGGCCUUUCAGUUUCUGCUGGAAUGGCUUACGUAGGAAAAUACUUUGAUAAGGCUAGCUAUCGCGUGUACUGUCUGAUUGGUGAUGGAGAAGCAGCUGAAGGCUCAAUAUGGGAAGCACUUCACUUUGCUUCUUAUUAUAAGCUAGAUAAUCUUUGUGCUAUCUUCGAUAUUAAUCGUUUGGGACAAAGUGAACCGACAUCUCUUCAGCACAAUAUGGAAAUCUACCGCAAAAGACUUGAAGCUUUUGGUUUCAACGCACUGGUGGUUGAUGGUCAUGACGUAGAAGAGUUGGCCAAGGCUUUCCACGAAGCGCAGAAUACAAAAGGACAACCUACCGCUAUUCUAGCAAAGACGUUUAAGGGAAAAUACUUUCCCAAUAUCGAAGAUCUUGAAAAUUGGCACGGAAAGCCGCUUGGUAACAAAGCAAAUGAAGUCAUUCAACAUUUGACUAAAAUGUUGAAAAAUUCUGGUCCUUUGGGGUUGCAUCCUCAAAAACCAUUGGUCGACGAUGCUCCGGCUGUAGAUCUUAAUAACGUUAAAUUAGCAUCACCUCCGAAUUAUAAACUGGGAGAACAAGUUGCUACCAGAUUGGCUUAUGGUACUGCUUUGGCUAAGCUGGCAAAGAACAACAAUCGUGUCAUUGCUCUAGACGGAGACACGAAGAAUUCUACAUAUGCGGAGAAAAUCAAAACGGUUGAUCCAACUAGAUUCAUUGAAUGCUUUAUUGCCGAGCAGAAUGUUGUAGGAGUGGCAAUUGGUGCAACAUGCAGGAACAGAACUGUCGCAUUUGUAUCUGCGUUUGCUACUUUCUUCACUCGUGCUUUUGAUCAGAUUCGUAUGGGUGCUAUUUCACAAACGAACGUUAAUUUCGUUGGUUCUCAUUGCGGUGUUUCGAUUGGAGAGGACGGCCCUUCGCAAAUGGGUCUGGAGGAUAUAGCCAUGUUCCGUACAAUUCCUGGCUCUACCGUUUUUUACCCAUCCGAUGCCGUUUCUACGGAACGUGCCAUCGAAUUAGCAGCAAAUACAAAGGGUAUUUGCUUCAUACGCACGUCGCGUCCUGCCACGGCGGUUAUAUAUAAAAACGAAGAACCUUUUGCCAUCGGCAAUGGCAAAGUGGUCAAAUCUUCCCCGAAAGAUCAAAUUCUCGUAGUUGGGGCUGGCGUGACUCUGUACGAAGCACUUAAAGCUGCCGACGAAUUAUCUAAAGUGGGAGUAAACGUUCGAGUGAUCGAUCCGUUUACGGUUAAACCACUUGAUGCUCAAUUGAUCGUAAAGAAUGCUAAAGAAGUUGGAGGAAGAAUCGUUACCGUGGAAGAUCAUUACCCGGAAGGUGGUCUAGGGGAAGCCGUUACUUCGGUAGUUGCCUUGGAAAGAAACAUCGUUGUUAAGAAACUAGCUGUUACCGAAGUGCCACGUUCCGGCCCUUCAAACCUGUUGUUGGAUAAAUAUGGAAUUAGUGCAAGCAAAAUCGUUGCUGCAGUCCAAGAAGUAUUGAAAUUGUAAUCGUAAAUAUUAGAUAAAGGUACCGGUAUCGUUUGUUCUGAUGUCAAACCAACUGCCAUAUCAAAAUGUACGUGAAGCUACAUUAUAUUUUUACAAAUAUCAAAGAUACAGUGCAUUCCGUUUUUGAGCAUUUAUUGUACGUACGAAAACGUACAAAUUUCGCUCGUGUCAAUGUACCAAGAAAAGUUUGCACAAAAAGGGUUAGCUUUUGUACAUACAUGUUUUAAGAGAAGAAUAUUAUACUUGAGAAUUGUGUCAAUUUUUAAUAUCCAAAAAGUGUAAUUUUAUAUGAAGAUUUGAUACGUAUAUGAUAGAUUAAGGGGCGUAGCUAUUUUGGGAAAACUAUUGUUCUAUACACAAGCAAAUAGAUAUUUAUUUGCAGCAAGAAUUUUUGAUUCACUUUAUCGAUACCUACUACCUCAAACGCACAAUCUUUCGAUGUUAAAUAUUAUAUUAAAUACAAAUAAAAACUUUAUGAGAACA